AUGCCGCGAAAACGCACCAGGGACGAGAUGGAGGUCUCAGAACUUGAAGAGAAGAAACACGAACCGUCUCUUCUCCAGAGGAUACGGAAUAUGUGGGAGUUUGCCUCCGUCAUGCAGUUCAUCUUCUUCUUUGGCAAGGCCCUCAAAAUCGACGAAGACUUUGACAUCGAGGAUUUUGAGAGCGAGUGUCUAAAACCCGGUUACUCGGAAAAGUUGGAGGAAAUCGGCCUCAGCCUGCUCAAAUGGAUCUCAUCUCAUAGGGGUUUAAAUUACGACAUCUGGGAUGAAUACACUCGCCGACAGUACCUGGCCAAAGCUCCUCAACUGAAUCCCUAUGGUGAUGCGGAAGAGCCCAAGCGCUUUCGAGACUUUGAUAUCUGCACAAAGAUUAGAGUUCUGCACCAGCUCACAAUAUGGACGUUCUGGAAUCCUGACCGGUUACGAGAAAAGAUGACGGAACAUCCGCGCGAGAUUGAUCAGAUUGAAUGGCGCAUUGAAGAGUUUGGCUAUGACCGCCAUGACCGCCAAUACUACCUCCUUGACGACAACCGCUUCUAUCGAAGAACUGAACCUCCAUUGCCACAAGCCCCAAAGGCCAAACCCAAGUCAAACUCCAAGAAAGCCAUCGCUGCCAGAAGACGCGAGAGCAAGCGGAGAAAGCUAGAGGCCGAAUCCGCCGCCGCCGCCGCAAGUGAUUCUGAGGAGAACGAGGGAACAGAAAUUGCCGAAGAGGAGAACAAGCUGGACUCUUGGGAGAUCGACACCUUCGGUGGUUUCAAGUGGGAGUGCCUCUGCAUCACCCUCGCCGAUUACCAGGAACUUUGCGAAUCGUUAAAGAAAUCGAAAGAUCCUAACGAAAAAGCUCUGCGGGAACGCUUGAUGGAGGAAGUCAUCCCUGUCAUUGAAGCCGCCGAAGAGAGACAACGUCGUAAAAUAGAGCGUCGUGAGAGGGAACUGAUGUUGAUGGAGAGGAUGGUUGGCGCUAAGCGGUCGAGUCGGUUAGCGGACAAGCAUGAACGGGAAAAGAAGGAGGCCGAACAAGCUGAGGCCGAAAAGAAGAGACAAGCUGACCUGGCCGCCGCCCGUCGUGAGCAGGAAAGACAAGAGAAGAUGGAGCACGAAAGACAAUACCGCAUGAUGACCCGAGAGCAACGAAUCAAGGAUCGCGAGCUCAAGCGACUGCUCAAAGAAGAGGAACUCGCCCGGGAUGAGCUCGAACAGAAGCGUAUCGAGGAAGGCGAAGCGAGAGGGUCCGACCGAGCCCUCAAGCAACGAAUGGAGCGCAAUAAGAAGGAGCUAGAGGAACUCGAUGCUGACGAGGACUGGACCUUUGACUGCUCUGGCUGCGGAAAAUACGGCAAGAAUUUCGACGACGGAUCUCACAGUAUUUCGUGCGAGAGAUGUAACGUCUGGCAACAUAGCAAAUGCCUGGGCAUCUCCAAAUCCGCCGCGGAAAAGAAGGACUUCCACUUCGUCUGUAAAGAUUGCAGACGGAAAGAAGAAGAUGCGAAGAAACCCAAGAUUUCCCUCAAGUUUCGCGUGGGCACAUCAUCGUCGCCAAUCCCACCAAGCCCUGUUCGUCCUGCGUCCAAGCCCGUCGCGGUUGAGACCUCUCCGCAGUCUGCUGCUCGGUCGCCUGGUCAAGGUGCAAUCCCAAGUGGUCUUCAAUAUGCACCAUCCAACCACUCCGCCAGUCCCUCCCGGCCUCUUAAAGUUGUGCAGAUGAAUGGCGUACAUCCUCAGCAGCGUCUUGGCCCAAUGCAGCCAGUGUCUGGUCCUGCCCAACCCGGGCCCUCGUCAACGAGCCCUCGGCAACAACAGAACUACACCAAUCGUCCCAUACAGCCUUAUCCCCCGGGAAUGAGCCAUGGUCCGGCUAGAGGAUCACCACCGCAGGAUCAAGGGGACUAUCCAUUCAUUUACAACAACAUUCAACAUCCAUACCAGAACUCGCCAGGACAAAGACCAUUAGCGCCUUCGCCCAUUCCCAAACACCCGCUGCAGAACUCCAACACACAAACCAUGUCGAAUACCGGUCGCCUCCCUUCUCCCGUGGUCAAUCGCCCCACGAUCUCGCCCACUCAGGGAAACAUGGACGUUGGCCCUGUGGCGGGCAUUCCUCAGAAGUCAUCCCAAUUCCAUCAACAACUCACGAAUGGCGUCUAUAGCCCUGCUAAUGGUGGGCCCGCACAUUUACAGGAUACUCCUCGUCCGGCUUCCCGUCAUUCCCAGCCUGCCCAGACACCCGUUUCCCGAGCUCCAACUUACCCACUCUCAGGCCUUUCGCCCAAAAAGCAACAAACCCCUGGUCCAGUGCCACCGCUCACAGCCCGCAGUCCUCAGAACUCAAAUCCCGCCUCUUCUCCGUCCACAUCCGCGUCGUUCCACCCAACAUUGUCUCCGGCCGGUCAUAGCGGGACUCAGCUUCUCUCUCCUGCUCCGCCAACUGGAGAAAAGCGGAUGGUGAGCGGGACGCCCAUUCUUCCGCCUGUUGAGAAUCUUCGCCCCAGCCCAGAGCAGUUGAGGAAUAUGAGUUUUACAGAACCGGUGCCGACACCGAGUAAGCAGGCCCAGCCUCAGAGCCACGCGCAAGCACAGUACCGCGGCCCCGGCCAGCUACCAGGCCCGCCUCAAAAUGGGCUUCAAGACCUCGAGAGCAGCGGAGUUGCUGGCCCUCCAGGCUCGAUCAGGAACGUGAACGGACAUAUGGAUCCCAAUCCCAAUCCCAAUCCCAAUUCUUUACCCACGCAAGAGCAGCGGAUAGACAACGCUCCUGCAGUCACGAGAAACGUCGAGAUGCAGGAUGUGAAGUGA